UAUGACGGUCUUAAGACGGUUAGCAACGACAAGAAUCGAGAAACGGACCCCAGAUCGAAAACAUGGAUGACCAUACAGUCAUAUACAACAUUCUGGAUGGGUUGUCGGAAUCAGACUUUAAAAGGUUCAAAUCAUGCCUCAGUAAACCCAUCCUGGAGGGCUUCACACCGAUUCCAUGGCGCAAACUUGAGAAGGCAGACGUCACUGAUGUGGAGCGUCUCAUGAACCAACAUUAUGGAGGCAGAGAAGGCAGCAUGGAGAUGACGAGGCAUAUCAUGAGCAUCCUUUACCCACCAGGGAAGAGCUCACAAGAUGUGUCUGCUGCAUCCACUUGGCAGACGUUGAGACCUGAUGAUGCCCUGGAGGGGGAUAACAAAAAAGAGGAAAAGAAGGAAGAGGAAGAUGACAGCAACUUCAUUGGUACCACCCAUGUAGCCAACGCCACAGAAAGGCCAGUGAGGGUGUACUUCAGUGAAGAGAUCAUUGAGACCAUAUUGGUCACCAGCUCAGACACAUGGUGGCCAUGGCAAGACAAAAAAGUUCUUUUCAGACCCAACUCUUGCGACCCCUACUUAUGUGUUCCAGCAAAGACAUACGAGAGACUUUCAAAAAGAGGACCCUUUUACGUCAGCGUCUUCUUAGAGAGCAGCAGUGCCAGUGGUGAAUGUGCAAAGACCAUCGCCGAGAAUGUUCGCAUCCCCAACAACGGGUCCUUCAUCAUAACAAAAAAACACACGUUUGAGAGGCAGAAGUUAGAUGCCAAUAUUUGGAAGGAUGAGCAGGGUAAAAACCCUGAACGGAAUUACGCACCUUCCUCCAGUGACCCCCACAUCCUUCAGAAGGCGUAUGGUCGACAGCCCCAUAAAGCCUCGGCAUCCAACUUCGACUGGAUAUAUGGAGGUCUUCCCGCCCGCCUCCCGGCAUUCCGCAGCCAGUUCGGCACCAAGCCACUAUGUCUGGCUGGAGAGAUGUGGUGGUGA